CCGUUUUCGAGAUUUCCGUCAUGUAGAUUUGGAUAUUUCCCUCGUCCAAUACGGUUCCGAGAGAAGGUAACUGUUGCUUCUGUCGCGGAAGAGUGGGAGCGGAUUUUAUCGAUUUCUUUGACCUGUUGAAUGCUUUUUACCGCUAAUGAGCUCAGAAUCUCUCCUGUCCCAGCACGAGGAACAAUCUGUUGGGCUGCUAAGCGAGAUGGAGGCAAGGGCGGAACACCAAAGGACGAAGCAUUACCAGUCGCUGUACUCCUUCACCACCUCUGUAGGAGUGGGUUUAAUAAUUUUAGUGCUGUUCUGGAUCUUGCACUUUCGGGGCGGUUUCGCAUGGCAGUCUAGCCCUAAACAAGAGUUUUAUUGGCACCCGUUCUUAAUGGUACUGGGAAUGGUUUUUCUUUAUUCGCAAU